GCCACCAUGCCGCCGCGCCGCCGGGGUGCUUCGGGCUUUCGCGGCGUCCGCGAGCGCCCCAACGGCUGGUACUCCGCCGAGAUACGGGCCGGCGACGUCCGGCUCGGCCUCGGGACGUUCCGGAGCGCGCGCGAGGCGGCCCGCGCGUACGACGCGGCGGCGUGGCGCUUGGAGAGGCCCCGGUCCCAGAUGAAUUUCCGGGACGUCUUCACGCGCGAGGAGGCGCAGCGCCUCGCCCCUCCGCCGCGUCUCAUCACGGACAUGGACCGUGCCGACCACGCUCGGCGGCAGCGCCGUCUCCUCGUCGCCGAGGAGGACGAGCGAGCCAUGGCGGAGUGGCGCCGUCGCCACCCAAAGGACGUCGACGCCGAGCGUGCCUACUGGGCGGAGAGGACAGCAAGGCGCCGCUCGGAGCGGGCGGACCGGCGUCGGCGGAAGGCAGUGGCGAACGAGCAGUGCGACAUCGUCUCCGCAGGUGGGAGGUCGUUCUUCACCUCGGACGAUGAACGUUGGGACGACGUAUGGCUCUCAACCUCGGACGACACCGACGAGGAUGACGAUGGUGAUGGUAGCGACUUAGAAAUGAGCGCGGGCGCUGCAUUUUACCGCGCCUGCUGGAGCUGCGCCGCGCGCGGCUUUUCAGCGCGGAUGCUGGAGCAAACGCUGCGCGCCGCGCCAAACCAGGCGAUGGGCGCGCGCCAAAUCCGUUUUUACCGCGCGGCGCGUUGGGCGUCUGUUGGAGAUGCUCUUACGUAG